AUGGCCGACCUGCUCCACGACCUGCUGAACCCGCCCCUGUCGCCCGCCUCUCCGACUCACUCCGUGACGGACCCCGUCGCUCUCCAGUAUCUCGAAGGCCUGGCCUCCCUGUCUCUGGCGCAGCUCGAGACCACCGAGCAGCAGGCCUUGUCGCAGUCCUCUCACACGCUGCUGUUGUCACUGCAGGCCCUCUCUCAACGCUCCCACAAGGCCGUCAUCGCCUCGUCACAGAACCAUGCCAACCUGCGCCUGGCGCUGCCGGCCCUGGCCGCAUCCACCCAAGACCUGAGAGUCGCCAUCCCCAGGCUGGACAACGAGGCCGUGCGCUUUUCAACCACCUAUCAAAAGUCCCCCGACAACCACAUCCUCACGGCCCGCAGGAAGGCCCUGCUGUUGUCGAGGAAUGUCGAGCGCCUCGUCGACAUCUUGGACCUGCCCACCCUGCUCUCCACCUCCAUCGCCACCGGCUCUUCCUCCCCGGCCGCCAACUACUCGUCUGCCCUGGAUCUGAACGGCCACAUCCGCCGUCUGCACUCUCUCUACCCGGCCUCGCCUCUGGUCGAGUCUGUUUCCGCACAGGCAGACGAUGCCAUGCAAGCCAUGGCCAAAAACCUCAUCUCGAGCUUGCGCACCCCAGGCCUCAAACUGGCCUCCGCACUGAGGACAGUCAGCUGGCUUCGAAGGGUCAUGCCUGAUCUGGAUCCUGCCGGCGCCGCGGGCAACGGGGGCGGACUGGGUGCCUUGUUCCUGGUCUGCCGGUUGUCUACGCUCAUGAACAUGCUGUCGGCCUUGGAGCCGCUUCGCGAGUUGGCCGACCAAGAAAAGGCCCGCCAGCAGCAGAGCCCGGCCGGCAGCGCCUGGUCGGGAGGUCAGCAGACUGAGCGCUACGUCAAGCGGUACAUUGAGAUAUUCAGGGAGCAGAGUUUCGCCAUUGUCUCCAUGUUCAGGAGCAUAUUUCCCUCCUCAGCCCAUAGAGACCCUGCCAGUGUCGGCCAGCAGGAUCCUCUGCAGCCCAUGCCUUCGGCGCUGUCAACAUUUCCCUUCCAUCUCAUCGAGAUGCUAAUGGAGACUCUACGAAUAUACCUACCAAACGUCAAGGACCAGCCGUCACGGGACAGCCUCCUGACGCAGGUUCUCUACUGCGCCGGUAGUCUUGGCCGGCUAGGCGGCGACUUUGGCAUCUUGUUGGCCAGCAUCCAUGCCGGAGACGAUGCCGAGGAGGAAUGGGUCGAGGUGGUAAAGAGACAUCGGGUUAUGGCGGGCCGGCUCGAGUCCAUAGUCGGAGCCAAAGACAAGAGUGCCACCGAGAUAGCAACCAAAGCCUAA